AUGAAGCUGAAGCAAUUAGAAGGCUUGCUGGGUGAUCUCGAACAGUUCUCUAAUCCUAAAGUGGAAUUGGAGCAAUACCCAACUGGUCCUCACAUUGCUUCUCGCAUGCUUUUCACUGCAGAGAAUUCAUAUGGAGACAUAACUGAUAAGGUUGUUGCGGAUUUUGGUUGCGGUUGUGGUACUUUAAGUGCUGCUGCUGCUCUUCUAGAUGCAGCUUGUGUGAUUGGAUACGAUAUCGACACGGAAUCUCUUGAAACAGCUACACUAAAUGCAGAGGAACUUGAGGUGGAGAUAGAUUUCGUUCAGUGUGACAUUACAAAACUACAGUUAAAAGGCAAGAUUGUGGAUACUGUUGUAAUGAACCCUCCAUUUGGUACACGAAAGAAAGGAGCUGACAUGGAGUUUCUCUCUGCGGCAAUGAAGGUCGCCUCUCAAGCUGUUUAUUCCUUGCAUAAGACAUCUACCAGAGAACAUAUUAAAAGAGCGGCAUUGCGCGACUUCAAUGCGAAAAGUGCUGAGGUUCUGUGUGAGCUCCGGUACGACGUGCCGAAACUCUACAAGUUCCACAAGCGAAAAGAAGUCGAUAUUGCUGUUGAUCUAUGGCGUUUUGUGCCUAAACAGAACUAG